AUGUUAGUGCACACAGGUGAGAAAAACUUCAAAUGCGAAUUCUGUGGUAAACGAUUUUCGCUAGAUUUCAACUUAAAGACCCAUCUUAGGACACAUACAGGCGAAAAGCCUUAUCAGUGUUCAGUCCCAGGGUGCAAUAAAAGGUUUACUCAGUCAAGCAACCUCACAGCUCACGAGAAAACGCAUUUCAUGAAGGAGGGCGAAGAAAAGCCUAGACAAAUAAGGCAUAUCCCAGAGCCUGAGAUAGUUACUUUGCCUUCAAUUCCUCAGCAGGCAUUUUCGUUGGAGUCUGCAUUUCCAAUGACGUUUGAUGUAAUGUGUGUUAGUGCAACCCCUCUCCCUAACCAAUAA